CCUCCUUCGCGCCAAAUCCAUUCAAAACGAGGCCAGUUUGACGUCAUCAGCGCUGCAGCAGGUUGAUGAUUACGUCCCAGCUGCUGUGUUGGUUGACAUGGCAAGUCCUCGCACUCGGAAGGUGCUUCAAGACCUUAAAAUCAGGGAUGCAAAUGGGAAAUGCUUUGAGUGCGGGACGUACAACCCCCAGUGGGUGUCUGUGACCUAUGGGAUUUGGAUAUGCCUCGAGUGCUCUGGCAAGCACCGAGGACUUGGCGUCCACCUUUCGUUUGUGCGUUCCAUCAGCAUGGACAAGUGGAAGGACAGUGAACUGGAGAAGAUGAAGGUGGGAGGAAAUCAGAGGGCGAGAGAGUUUUUCGACACUCAAGAUGAUUGGGACGAAACCCUGAGCAUCCAGCAGAAGUAUAAUACAAAAGCAGCGGCCCUUUAUCGUGACAAGAUCUCCACCUUGGCGCAGGGGCUUCCAUGGGAUGAGGCCAGUUCUCCAGCCCAAAAGUACAGUAGCGGCAUUGUCAAUUCAAGCUCGCAGCGAUCUCUAAAGCAAAGCUCUGAGUCUAGUGGUUACAACAGCUACCAGAGUGAUUUCUCUGGUGGGUACCAAGGAGCAGAACAGAACUAUCAAUCGCCGGAAUUCCAAGACCAGAAACAAGCAUUUUUCAACCGAAGGCAAGAGGAAAACGCCUCAAGGCCAGAUCACUUGCCACCAUCUCAAGGUGGAAAAUACUCAGGGUUUGGUUACACCAUGGAUCCACCACCAAGAAGCUCAUCACAAGAAUUUUUUGGCAGUGCCAUGGGCUCUCUAGCUUCUGGGUGGUCCGUAUUUUCAUCAUCUGCUUCCAAAGUGGCCAGUAAAGCUACAGAAAAUGCCUUAAAGAUAGGGUCAGUGGCGACUCAGAAGGUGUCUGAAAUCGGUGCUACGGUUGGUGAAAAGGUCAAGGAAGGUAAACUGCUUGAAGACGUAGGCUCGCAAGUUACCACCUUAGCUUCCAAGAUGGGCGAGCUAGGUAAAAAAGGUUGGACCGACAUUGGCCGAGUUCUUUCCCCCAAUUCAGAGCAGCCGCCUAGCAAUUUUGACCCUUAUCAGAACUCCACAUCAUCUCCAACGUCGCCACGCAAUGAAAAAUCUUCCCUCACCGAAGGGGGCAGCACUCGAAAAUACGAAGAAGAGCAGGGCUGGGAUGACUGGGGCGAGUCCCCGGUAAAGUCAAACGGCGUGACAAGUGGGUCCAAGAGUAAACCCGGAGAUGACUGGGGCAACAAAUGGGAUGAUGCCGGCUGGUAGUGAGCUGCAUCCCUGAAUGUUCACGUUUUGCAGCGGCCAACUGAUUACAGAGCUACAUUAUUUAAAAUUAAUACUUGUGAUGAAAUUCGCUGGUUGAAGCAAGUUUUUGACAUUAAGGAAAUAGUUUAAUCUGGUUUUGAUUUGAAUUAUUUGUUAUGCUGACUCUUUGCUUGAGUCGCAUUGCAAUCUCUCUACGGUGUUAUCAAAUCGAAAAUAAUUAUUACAUAUUCUCCGCUCCAUUCCUCUCUUUCUCUUCGUCCGAAGGUCCAAAAGUGACUUAUACCUAUAGUGAAUGUAUUGAAAAUGUCAAAAAUUAUAAACAAUUAAAAAAUUUCUGAGCGCACACUAAA